AUGGAUUCACGUGUCCGUCUAUCUGCGAUAGAAGGAUUAUCACUUUUAAGCGGUGUCGAAGAUGGUCUCACUAUUCAUACCUACAAUACCGUCAAAAACGUGAUGGUGAGAACGGAAGCAGCUACUAUUCUCGGAGAGUUCCAGAUCGUGUCGGACUUCUUCUUAGAUCAGACCCUUGACAAGAAAAUGAUGAAAACUGUCCAGGAUUCUAGCGGUAGGGAGCAAGUAAAGAAAGUUCAUCAGUCACGGUUCGCUAUAACGCAAGGACCUCAACAGUCUGCGAGAGAAUCUCGAUGGAAGUCUAGUCAUUUGGGAUACCAACGGCAGAAGGCUACAAGUAGUGAAUGGUCAUCCGGAAAGGAACUUAAUGCUCGUUGUCCUCCAAGCGAGUCUGCUGCAGCUCAGGACGAUGAAUCGGAGAGCAUAGUUCCUCGUGGUGCCUGUGGUGCUUUCGUUUCUGCAUUAGAAGAUGAAUUCAUGUCAGUUCGACGAGCUGCCGUUUAUUCACUCGGCAACCUGGCUUCUACUCGGCCAUCUUUCGCGACUACUGCAUUGGAUCAUCUUGCUGAUAUGUUCAAUGAUGAGAUUGUUGAGGAUGCCAUUGUAGAUUCUCGACAAGCAUUACGCGAUCUCUUGGCAAAAGCUGAGUUUGCCGAUGCCGAAUGUAUGAGAAUUUGUUCAAGAGCGUUAUUGAAUUGUUUGCAUCGCUUCCCCGCUGACAAAAAUCAGAUAUAUAGAUGCUUGAGCGAAGUCGGUGCUCGUCAUGCUGUGUUUGUUCAUGGAAUGGUUCGAGAACUUCUUGGUCUUCAUCUUGUGUAUGACACGAGAGAACAACAAAUAGACGAUGUCUUUUAUAUCGCAAAACUUAUACUGGUGUUGAAUGCGGCGGCCAAUUACGAGCCUAUUGUUUCUCUUCUGCCUGAGUGUGUUUUAAAGCACUACCGAUUUCUUCGCGCAGCUGCACCCGAUCUAGGUUCUGGAAAUCCAGUGCUGGCCUGCCCCAACAUCUUCGUCUCCCUCGAAGGAACUUUGCAAGCAGUACAUCAGAUAUAUUUGGUGAAUGCUUAUGAAAGGUUACAGGAAGUAAUCCGUGAACCAACCUUGGCUGAUAGAAAUGCUCUUCGACGACUCAUUGUCGAGUAA